AUGGCUCUUUCAACUGAUACUAUUCCUUACAUUGUUUUUGGCUCUCUGGCAGUUAUCUUUGGCGUCCCGGUCUUCAUCUUAUCGUUGGGGAAAUGCCAGCCAAAGUGGCUCAAACAUCGCCUGUCUCGGAAUCGUCCCGAUAAAGCUCGACAUACAACCACACCGAAAGGUAGCCAGGCAAGCGCAGAAAGUGCCGAAAUACAGUUGGAAGAAGGGAUUUUCGAGUAUCACUAUAUGUCCAGAUUAUCUGGCACAAACGCAUACCAAGUCGAUAUGCCUGCAAGUCCGGCUCCCGCCGCCUUCGUUACACGAUGA